AGUUGUCUUGAGAGAAAAAGGAAAAAGAAAAAACAGAGUGGAAGAUGGAAAACCAAACGCUGCCUUGACGCUUAAACCCUUAAGGCUAAAACCGAGCUCCUUCACUCGGAGCUCUCUUCUUCUACCAUUUCAACUCGAGCAGAUCCUAAAUCGCCUAUCAAUGGCUCAUAUCCUUCUGUCUAAAUACUUUCAAUGGAAACCCAGGGUUUGUUCCAACAUUACACGGGUCUCCUCCCAGUUCUCUGUCGAUCCCCUCCUUUUCUGUACCUCUACUGAAGAUCCUAACCUGAAUGCAGAACCAGAGGCGGUCAUUUCUACCCCGCAAUCCGAACCGGCAAAACCAAAUGCCGAAACUGAACCAGUGACGCAAGCCCAAAUCCGGAGAACCCCACGAGGUAAGCGUCCUGAGCCAGAAAAACUAGAGGAUAUUAUAUAUAGAAUGAUGGCUAAUCGGGCCUGGACGACCCGUUUACAGAAUUCGAUCCGGAAUCUUGUGUCGGAAUUUGAUCACUCACUUGUCUAUAAUGUAUUGCAUGGUGCCAAGAAAACUGAGCAUGCGCUCCAGUUUUUCAGGUGGGUGGAACGGGCAGGGUUGUUCCAACACAACCGCGAAACACAUUUGAAAAUGAUUGAGAUUCUGGGUCGAGUCUCAAAGCUCAAUCACGCCCGAUGUAUACUGUUAGAUAUGCCCGAAAAGGGUGUUGAAUGGGAUGAGGAUAUGUUUGUUAUUUUGAUUGAUAGCUAUGGCAAAGCUGGGAUUGUGCAAGAGUCUGUUAAGAUUUUCCAGAAGAUGAAGGAAUUGGGUGUGGAGAGAACAGUGAAGUCUUAUGAUGCUUUAUUUAAGGUGAUUCUCAGGCGGGGUCGGUAUAUGAUGGCGAAAAGGUACUUCAAUAAAAUGUUGAGUGAAGGUAUAGAACCCACUUGCCAUACUUUCAAUAUUUUGAUUUGGGGGUUCUUUUUGUCGUUGAGGUUGGAGACAGCAAACCGGUUCUAUGAGGAUAUGAGAAGUAGAGGAAUAUCACCUAAUGUUGUCACAUAUAAUACAAUGAUUAAUGGGUACUGCCGGUUCAAAAAGAUGGAGGAGGCUGAGAAGCUGUUUGUGGAGAUGAAGGGAAAAAAUAUAGCUCCCACUGUUAUUAGUUAUACCACUAUGAUAAAAGGGUAUGUUGCCACAGAGAAAAUUGAUGAUGGAUUGAGGUUAUUGGAGGAGAUGAGGUCUUUUGGUAUUAAGCCCAAUGAUGUCACAUUUUCUACUUUGUUGCCAGGGUUGUGUGAUACUGGGAAAAUGUCUGAAGCUCAAAGCAUUUUGAAGGAGAUGGUGGGAAAAUACAUUGUUCCUAAGGACAAUUCAAUCUUCAUGAGGCUAUUAUCUUGCCAAUGUAAGGCAGGGGACUUGAAUGCAGCUAUGGAUGUGCUCAAGGCUAUGAUUAGGUUGAGCAUUCCAACAGAAGCUGGACAUUAUGGCAUUUUAAUAGAGAACUUUUGCAGGGCUAAGGAGUAUGAUCAAGCAGUUAAGCUGUUGGAUAAACUGAUUGAGAAGGAAAUUAUCUUGAGGCCACAAAGUACAUUGGAAAUAGAGUCCAGUGCUUAUAACCCAAUGAUUGAGUACCUCUGCAGCCAUAGACAGACAGCAAAAGCAGAAAUAUUUUUGCGGCAGUUGAUGAAAAUGGGUGUUCAAGAUGAAGAGGCCUUAAAUAAUUUGAUUCGUGGACAUGCCAAGGAAGGUUCUUCUGAUUCUGCUUUUGAAAUUUUAAAAAUCAUGCGCAGGAGAGGGGUCCCUCGAGAUGCAGAAGCGUACAGAUUGCUCAUCGAAAGUUACUUGCGUAGAGGUGAGCCAGCUGAUGCUAAAACAGCCCUCGAUAGUAUGACUGAAGAUGGCCAUAUUCCAUCUCCAUCACUUUUCAGGGCAGUCAUGGAGAGUUUGCUUGAUGAUGGGAGAGUUCAAACUGCUAGUCGGGUCAUGAAGACUAUGCUGGAGAAGGGGGUUAAAGAGAACCUAGAUUUGGUUGCCAAAAUCUUGGAAGUUCUUCUUACGAGGGGUCAUGUUGAGGAAGCCCUAGGAAGAAUUGAAAUAUUGAUGCAAAUGAGUCAUACUCCUAACUUUGAUAGUAUUCUAUCUGUUCUCUGUGAGAAAGGAAAGACAAUUGCGGCUCUUAAGUUGUUAGAUUUUGCAUUGGAGAGGAACUGUAGCAUAGAUUUUGCAAGCUACGAUAAGGUGUUGGAUGCUCUCUUAGCAGCGGGAAAGACACUAAAUGCAUAUUCAAUCUUGUGUAAAAUUAUGGAGAAAGGAGGGGCUACCGAUUGGAGUAGCUGUGAUGAUUUGAUUAAAACCCUUAAUCAAGAGGGAAACACGAAGCAGGCUGAUAUUCUUUCUAGAAUGAUCAGGGGAGAGGGGGAAACCCGUAAGAGCAAGAGAGGGAAGAAAGAAGCUUCUGUUGCAAGCUGAUGUGCUUUCCCUUCAUAUGUAGUUUAAAAUCAGAUUUUAUUCUUUGAUUUCAUUUUGAGAAUCACUACUGGAGUUUCAUUCAAAGCACAGUAAGUUCUGAGAGAUGGAAUGUAGUCCGUCCUGUCCUUCGAAUCCUGGGGGUAAUUCCUUUAAGAUCUUGUUUCCUUUCCAUAUGAAUUUUGAUGAGUCAAAGAGUUAAAUAAUUGCAAUAGAAUAGAUGGGAAGAACAGAAGAUCAUCUUGAUGAUGUUUUUGAAUUGGAAACAGCAUUUUGUUUGUUAAGCCAUUUUGGCCAGUAUUGGUCUAGCUUUUGUACCACAAGAUCUUUCUAC